UUCUAUUAGGUUUAGGUGUAUAUAUAAUGGGGUGUGAAGUUAGAGGGUGCAGAAAGUGCAGGAAACGAGAGAGAAUUGAAAGCAUGGAAAUGACGAGAGAAUUCAGAGAAUUGUUUUGAAUUGGAGAAGGAGAAGAAUGCAGAGAUCGGAAAUGGUUGAGGGAAAGAGAGAGAAGGAGGUUCUGCCAUUGGAUGUUGUAAUAAACAUUCUGAAGAGGGUUCCGGUGAAAUCCCUAAUGCGCUUCAAAUGCGUCUCAAAAGAGUGGUUAAAGCUCUUAGAAAGAAACCCUUUCUUCACCAAACAGCAGCUGGAGUACUCCACCGGCAACAACGCCCUUCUCCUCCUCCAACGCGUCCACCGACAACCGCAACCCGACCCCUUCUCCACCUGUCUCAUCGGACCCCACCACCACCACCUCAUCGAUGAAUCCCAUCUCUCCGACAUUGUUUCCCCUGCCGCUAAGAUCCUCGCCUCCUGCAACGGCCUCCUAUGCCUCCGCCACACCACCGCCCUCUCCAUCCUCAAUCCGGCCACCCGUCAAAUCAGACAGGUUCCCAUCGAAAACCUUUCAGCCUUCAACUACGUCGGAUUUGGGUUCAGCCCCCUCGCCGACGAUUACAAAAUCGUCCGAAUCUCCAUGUGCAUCUUUGCCCCGGACAACCAGGUUGUCGUUCUCGACAACGUUAGGGUUGAACGGGUGGAGGUCUAUUCUUUAGCCUCAGGCUUCUGGAAGGAAAUCGACGCCGCCAAGUUGCAACCCCUGUGUAUUGUCUCUAGUUCCGUGGCCAUCACUGGUAGUAUAUUUUGGCUUGCCACCAAGACUUCUGAUUCUGACACUGAUUCUGAAUUUGUGGUUUCAUUCGACAUUGGAAGGGAUUUGUUUACUUUGGUGAACGGCCCUCCGUUUCAACAUUCAUCCUCUCAUCCCUACAGCAACAACGUUCUUGCGGUUCACAACGAUAAACUUGCGAUGUUUCGACACUACAUUGUUGGGGCCUUUGAGUCUUGUUGGUUUGAUUUGUGGGUGUUGGAAGAUUUACAUGGUGAUUAUAAUAAUAAUACAUGCGAUGGCGUUGGUGGGAGUUGGGUGAAGAUGUACAGUGUGGGGCCAUUUUCGAGGAUUGUUUAUCCUUUAAGCCUUUGGGGUGAUGAGAUUGUGUGCCGGGAAGAGUUGUCUGGACAGGAGAAUGAUUUCAGAGGAGUGGAAACUCUUCUGGCUCUCUUCAAUCCUCUCACUAAGGAACUCAAGAAUCUGCCAGCUCAUAGAGAUGAGUUUUUUUAUGUUCCCUUCACCUAUUCCCAGAGUCUUGUUCCAGUUCCAAAUCUUCUUCAGCAUUAACACUAGUGUGUUCAUCUUUCAUUUUGCUGUUUCUUGUCAUAGAUACUUAUAUCAGUGAUGUCUUCUUUUAUGAUCCAUAAUGAAUGUGUAGGUCCUUUUGCAUUCAA